GGGAGGUGCUCUUUCAGAUGGCUGAAGUGCACAGACAGAUCCAGAUCCAGCUUGAGGAGAUGCUCAAGUCGUUCCACAACGAGCUGCUCACAGAGCUGGAGAAGAAGGUGGAGCUGGACGCCCGCUACCUGAAUGCGGCGCUGAAGAAGUACCAGAUGGAGCACAAGAGCAAAGGGGAGAGUUUGGAGAAAUGCCAGGCCGAGCUGAAGAAGCUGCGCAGGAAGAGUCAGGGCAGCAAACACCCGUCCAAGUAUGGAGACAAGGAGAUGCAGUACGUGGAGGCCAUCAGCAACAAGCAGAGCGAGCUGGACAACUACAUCGCCGAGGGCUACAAGAACGCUCUGUCCGAGGAGAGGAGGAGGUACUGCUUCCUGGUGGACCGUCAGUGUGCCGUGGCCAAGAACAGCAGCACCUACCACGGCAAGGGUAAAGAGCUUUUAGUGCAGAAGAUCCCGAUGUGGCAGCAGGCCUGCGCUGAGCCCAACAAGCUGCCGGACCGAGCCAUGUUUCUGGCCCAGCAGAUGAGCGGCGCUGCAGGAACUCUGCCUCCUGGAGCUCACCACCCCGGCAUGCCCAUCUCUGAGCCCAUCCCCGGUGCUAAACCUCUGCCGGUGCCUCCAGAGCUGGCGGCGCUCCGGGCCGGCGGGACAAUGGGGCAACAGAGGCUGAUGGAGGGAGGGAUGCCGGUGAUGAACGGAACGGCCGGAGCCCACGGAGGGGACGACUACCAGCAGUGGAUGGAGGGGAAGAUCGCCCAGGGGAAGGCCUCGCCGCAGACCCAGAGGCACGGAGGGGAGGUUUACUCCAACACUCUGCCCGUCCGCAAGGUGGCGCCGGCCAAGGGCAAGACCCAGCUGACGGAGACCCGUACGCUGCCCCGGUCCAGCUCCAUGGCUGCGGGUCUUGAGAGAAACGGCCGAACUCGGGUCCAGGCGAUCUUCUCCCAUGCAGCCGGCGACAACGGCACCCUGCUCAGCUUCGCAGAGGGCGACGUGAUAACCCUGCUGGUCCCCGAGGCUCGCGACGGCUGGCACUACGGCGAGAAUGAGAAGACAAGGAUGCGUGGCUGGUUUCCAUUCUCCUACACUCGGGUGAUUUCUGACAACGAAGGCGACUCAAGGCAACUUCGAGUUCACAACCUCCACCACGGCAAAAGCAGCAGCACAGGCAACCUUCUAGAGAGGGAAGACAUGUCUCUUCCCGGCCCCGACUACAGCGUCCACUCCCGUAUGGCGGCUCAGAGCGCUGCAGCGCUGCACGGCAGACAACAACGCCCCUACAGCGUGGCGGUGCCAGGCUUCUCACAGCCAGGAGUUGAAGAGUACGAACCACGCUUCCCCACAAGUACAGGGCCUGAUUACGCCCGAUUUUGAACGACCAAAAAAUCCCAUCAGGUGAACCGCCCAGCGAGCCGGCCGUGGAGGCUCCAGCCAAACCGCCCCUUUCUGACGAUGACGAGGAAGCCGAAGAGGUGGAGGAGGAAGAGGAGGAGGAGCAGUUCGAUGAAGCUCACUACGACUCCGUGGAGAAGGCUUCGAUUCCUCCGGGAGAUUUCUGAUUCCUCCUUCAGUUUUAAACCAGCUGCAGGUGGAUUUUCCCCCUCAGCUACAAGGCUCUGAUUCAACCACAGUAUUACAAUAAAAUAACAGAAUUAAAUACAACCAGCAGAAACGGUUAACUCUGUAUUAACCCUCUGAACCCCAAAACCUGCUGCCAGGGUUAAAAAUCUCUCAAAAACUGCCGAAAUUGCACCAUUAAUCAGAGACAGACACUGUAAAAACUGAAAAAUUUGCUGGAAUUUCAACUUUCCAGCAGUACUUGAACCUAAUCUUAUGUGAUGUGCAGUUGUAUCAGGAAAAUUAGUCAAAUUUAAGCUUAAAAAUCAUCAAAAUCACUUUGUUCUGCACAUCUCAUUAACAAAAUCACCAAAAAUAAACCAGAUUCUGUCAAUAAAACACAAAACAUGAGCUCCUCAGUACAAGAGACAGUUAGAUGAACUGCAGGCAGUGUACCAGCAAGUUAACAUAAGUGCUAAAACAUCUAUAGUAUGUAGAGCUGCCAUGCUUUUUCCAGUAUUUUUAACUCCUGUGGGCAAAUGGAAGAACACUGGCUCCAGUUUAUCUCAUAUUUUUGUAAAAUAAUCAAAGAAAUCCAACUUUUUUCCCCUUUUUUUUGAUCUGAUUUAUGGUAAUUUAACUGUCAUGACAUUUCUCUACUUUUAAUUGUGGAUGUUCUGUUUCCAUAGAGGUGCAGGACUGUACAUUGGAGUGAAAAAUGAACCUAGAAAAUGUGAUGGGAGCAACAAAAAAGCGUUCCUCGGAGUUCAGAGGGUUAAUUGAGAAAUAGUGUAAAUAAAAUCUGGAACUGAUUUGAUCUUCUAGCAAUGAAAAACGCAUUAAAAAACAGAAUGUGAGAAUUUGAUUUCCACGGAGGUGUUUUUGGAGAAGUUUUACUACUUAGGAGCACAUGGUGUUUGAUAAAUAUAAGAUAAGCUGCGGCUCAUUCGGUUCAUGAGUUUUCUGCCUCUUAGAUCGUAUCAAAGACCGACGACUGGCCUCAGUCUGAUGACGUCUCUGUGCGUUUAAAAUCAGCUUCCUCCCCAUGCCUUGUCAACUAAAGGGCUUUAAUGUUGGUAAGCUGCACUUCCUGUCUGCUGUUUCACCUUUUAGCCUCACCUGGUAACAAACUGCCUCCUCACAGGGCAAUAACGCAGAAAAACAUCCAGUUUUAUGCACCAAGGAAACAGUAAAGGUUUUCAAGAUGGACGAACUAAAGUCUGAUUAUCAGCAACAACAACAAAAAAAGAAUAGACUAGACGGAAAGAUCAAACUGAUAAGCACACUACUCAUAGUACUGUAUCUCCAGCUAAUUGUAUACUCACAGGAAAUCCUAUAUUCUGUAAUAAAUGCUAGUUAAAGCAGCUCUGCGGGUGUUUGUACCUAUACUGAUAAUACACUGAUUCAUGUUUGAUUCUUAAUGUAGGAUCUUCUUAAAGCAACAUUAAUUCUGUUAACACUAAAGGUCGCCUCAGCCUCACAGUUCAUGUUUUCUUGGAAAAAAAGCUUCUUUUAAGUUCAUGCAAAACCCUAAAGCUCCACUUUAAAUCAACAGUGGACUCACUUUUUAUACUUCUACUCAGCAAAUAACUGCAGGAAAAACAGUCAUUUUUCUGGUCACUCAGUUCUAUCAUUUGCUUAAGCAGGUAAUACCGGCACUUAGAAGUAUUGAGAAUUAAUAAAUGGUGGCUAAAGUUGUUCUUUUUCCUUAUAUAGGAUAAUUACAAUUUAAAUCAGAUUGCAGGUAAGUACAGGUGAGACUAGCUGAGACGUCUCACUGUGUCCAGGCAGCUUUUAGUUUCUUUAUUUUAGCUGCAGAUUUUCCAUCAGUCUUGUGUUGAUCAGAAGUUUGGACAAGAGCUUCAGCUAAAUAUUCUCUAAAUCACGUGCACUUUGGCCCUCCUGUUAUGUUGCAGUUCGAAUUGACCCAUUUUAAAGUAAAAAAUAAUUAAAGAGGGUUGGUAAAAGUACUUUCUGCUUGGCUUAAUAAGUGUAAUCAACAAAUUUAAAAAACGGUCCAUUUGACAUAUUUGUACCCUGAAGAGUGUUAAUUUAUCAACACUAUAAAAAGAAAAAAGAUCAAAAUAUAUAUAUAUUUUUUAAAAAAUCAAUCAUGUGAAACUAUUGUUUUAUAUGUAGGUCUUUCCAAUGUACAUUUAAAGUUUUGACAUGCAUUUUAUUAUGAAAAAUGAGUGAAUUCUCCUCAUUGUACCGUGAUCUGAGAGGUAAAGAAAGCAUUACACUACAUAUUGAUAGAAACGGUUAAUAAUGGAGUUCAUAAUGACAUAUAAACAAUCUUUAUUGGGAUUCUUUUUGGGUUUCUGCCAUUUUUGGAUAAUUAAAUAUCAAACCGACCCAGGAGCAUCACUGAUAAUAAAAAAACAACAAAAUUGACACAAAGCAACAAAAACAAGACACAAAACGACAAAAAAGACUCUAAUAUUCCAAACAUCGGCCUGAAACAAUCACCGACUUUUGGAAACGUGUUGAUUUUCUGUCUUACUGGCAGAAAAUACAGAAAAUACCCAAAAGCACAAAUAGACCUAACAGGAGAGUUAACUGAUAAAAUACGCAAAAACAUCCUUUAUUUACAUUUAAAAAGAUGCAUUUUUAUGCUGUCUGUACACUUUUAAGUGGCUAUAAACUAAGUCUAGGUCUAUUAAUUCAUGCAUUUCCCUUUUAAAAUGCUUCAUUUAUUUUCACUGGAUUGUGUUAAAAUGACCCAUGAACUUCUGAGGAAAAUUUGCAGCUAAACAUUUGUUGAAUUUUUCUGCAAUAAUCCAAUUAAUCAUGAAUUCUUCUCUAUCUGAGUGAAAACUCGUCAAAUAGUUUGCACUUUCUGGCAGCCAAAUUUGGAACAGCUAAAGGAGUGCUCUAAACUCGCUAAAUGUAGCUUUGGAGUUUAAAAAACACACAUUUUAUGGUAUUUUUUCUGUUUUUUUUCCCCGUUUCAAGGAAUUCCUUGAAACCUUUGAAAGAGAAAGUUUUAAAGCGUUCAAAGUACUUUUUUAUUCCAUUUUUUCAUUAUUUUUGGUACUUUUCUUUUAAUAUUGCAUUCAGCGGUUCAGUUUAUCAGCCCUACCUGCCACUUUAUUAAGAACUCCUCUGACAUGGAAUGAAUGCACUUAGCUCAGCCAUGAAUUCUACUUUUGCAAAGGUUUCACAUUUUCAUUGUCAGAAAGGUGGUAAUCCUACUUUAUGUUGAGAAAUUUGAAGUGGAGCUUUAGGGUUUUAAAUUAUUUUCAAGAAAAUCCCUGCUGUGCACAUUGGAGUGAAAUGACUCUCAAUCGGCAGGAGACAAACUUUGAGAUCGCAUAUCACCUUUUAUCAUGUUUUAGAAAACUGUGAUGCAAAGAAACGAGCCAUCAGAGUUACACUGACAGAAGUUUUAUCAGUCAGAUCCAGCUGAUCGAUGUCGUUUUGCUCAGAUAAUUCUUGUUUUGUCUGUUUAGAUGUGUAAACUUCUGCCUCCACCCCGGGUUAAUGGAUUCAUGGAGUCGAGGUUUUGGUUGUUAAAGCUCUGAAAAUUGACAUUUUCACAGUGAAGUCUGUGGAUAAUUCAUUGUUAAAGCGAUUGUGUUUGUUUUUAAGUACUUGGAUAUUGUACCAAAAGUACCACAGUGUAGAAAUAUUCAGCUAGAAUAAAAGUCAUGCAUUUAAAUUCAGUGGAAGUUCUAAAGUAUUAGCAUUAAAAUAUACUGAAAAUACCAAAUAUAAAUUAUGCAAACUCGUCCAUUUUAGAAUAGUAUAUACAUAUAAUAAUCCUGGAUUAUAUUUUUGAUGAUUUAACUUGAUUCAACUACUCUGUCCCCCUCAAGGAUCAAUAAAAGUUUUAUGAUCAUCUGUAAUAUUGCAUCAUAAUUUAUUUGUUAAUUAUAUUUUUGCAUUAUUUAAAUCUGCAGUGUAGUUCAAUAAAAGUAGUGGGUUAUGCAAUAUUUGCCUCUGAAUUAUAGUGGAGUAGAAGUAUAAAGUAGCAAACAAGUACCUUAAAAUUGUAUUUGAACACAGAGUAAAAUUAUUUGUUUGCUGUAAGAACCAUCAAUAAAACUCCAUUUAUCUCUGUUGUUUUGGCCGUGGAGGCAGAAAAUGGCACAUCUUAACCAAGAUAUAACCAGAAUGAUGUUGUUUUUUUUCAUAAUCUGAGUAAUUUUAAACUUGUUGAUAAAUGAGGUGAAUUCCACUUCACUUUUUCUAUAAUUAAGACUGAGGGUUGGGAGGUGUAGAAACACUGAGACGCUGAUUUGAACAUUUUGAAGCAGGAUUUAAAAAUGUGAAACGUUUGUCUGUGAAGGGGAAUUCACCUUCUCAUAUUUUCUUACAUUAACUGCAGAAUAUUUUAAAGAGCAACUGAGAAAAAAAGCAUCUGAAAUCUGUUGAUUAGUGGCUUUAACAGAUGUGGCCAGAUGUGGUCUGUGGCAUCCAGCUGUGCAGAAUCGCAAAUUGAGACACCACAGAACACGUACCACCCACUAGACGGCAGUAAAUGUGGAGUUUUCACCCUGGGUGUACUUACUCUUUAAGAUUUCACAGCUAAAAGCUUCAAAAAUGUUUUUAAAAAACACUUUAUUUUAACAGUCCUGUAUUUCCCAGCUUAUUUUCUAGAAACUUUUCACGUAGUUUCCCAAAAAUCAGUUGGUAUUUAGCUGAAUAUUUACAAGGAUAUUAUUAAGAAAGUCACACACAGUUUAUGUUAUCGUUACUCAGAUAGCUUCUUGUUAUAACCAAAAAAUAAAGUGAAAAAUGAUUUAUGUUAUUAUCCAUGUGGUGAUUUAAGCACAUUCUUACCUGUAGUUCUCAGCUUCAUUGGAAAUUCCUUAAUUUUGUGUUUAAAAGUAGCAUUCACAAAAAGUAAAGUUGUAAAUUUUAAACAAUGCAUGACCUUACUUAUUUACUACCUGCAGAAAGCUCAUUACAGUUCAUUACACUUCUUUGUUAGAGUACUUUUGCAUUAGUUUGCAGCAUCACCUGAGAAGCAUUGCCGUUUAACACUACAACGCUGACAUAUGUCAACAUACCAGUACUAAUCCAUACCAUAAUGAUACAUACACACAUUUUUUAUGCUUUCAAAUGAACUAUUAAGUCAAAGCCGGCAGCAACGUUGGUGAAAACCAUUUUAAAAAGCACCGGCGGUUGAAAAUACUGCCUCAAAAUGAAAGUAAUGUAGGAACUGUGAUGGAGAAAUGACUUGUUCCUUUUUCUAAGGUCAUCACAGCCUUGAGACAGACACUGCAGGAGGUUACGUAUUCUCUAUUCUGACGUCACUAAGCAGACUAGUUGCCUCCAUAUUGGUCUGUAAUCUAGAUCUGACCUUCUCCCAGCUACAAUAUAAACCUGAAGAUGAAAGAGAAUCCUCAGAACUGAUGCUUGCAUGUACAUCAGUAAACAUUACUCUCAACCUAAGUCGUCUGAGUCUCCAGUCACCCUAACCCUGAACUUCCACGACAGCAACUAUAAUGUACUACAUGACCAUGUAACAGACAAAAGUAAUGUGAUUACAGUGAUGUAAUACUUUAGAAACUCCAGCACUGUUUCAAACUGAUGUAAUAAUCAUCAAAUGUGCAUUUUAAAGUUGCACUGGUUCUACUUAGACACACCUCUACCAAUAUAUAUAUGAUCCAUAUAUAAUGUAAAAUACCUGGCAUUUCUUUAAAAGUUCAUAUAGAUAUCAGUCUACGUCUUUUUUUUAACUUAACACAUAAUUAACUUUUUUCUUGAAAAACAUGAACAUAAUAUACAGGUUUUAGUGCAUUUCCUUUAUAAUUACCACUAAAUACAUGCUAAUGUAAGGAAGUUAUGAGAGAAGUUACAAAAAAUGAUCUGCUGAAUACAGGACCUGUAAAGUAAAAAGUAUUCUAACUGAUAAAACCUCCGUUGAUGUAACUUGAGGGCUACUGCAAACAAAUGUGAUGACUGACAGUCAAAACGAUGUCAUUCUGUGAAUUGAUGGCAAACACAGUGUCUGUUUUACAAUUUAAUUUUGACAAUAAAGAAUCAAGUAUUUAA